UUGCCAUAUCGUCAUUCCGCGCCAUGCAUCGUCAAUCGGUCGUACCGUGCCCUGACAAAUUACGCAAUGUCUAACAACUGAUGUAAAACACAAGCAUUUACCUAACAGUUGGCUAAAUUCCGUGUGUACACACACUUCGAUCGACCCAGCGAGGCACUUAAUCCAUCUCCGAGAUGCUACGCACGACGGCCACGAUGGGACUUAUGGCGGCGGUGGCCGUGAAAGCGGCUCCCGAGCCCCAGACCCCAGCCUCCGGGGCAGCGGACUGCAGCCUGGUGUGCCGGCCCAGCGAACUGCCCAUCUACGGCAGCUUGCGCAAGACAGAACCCAAACCGGAGCGACAUGAGCCUCAGGACUCGGUGCUACACAAGAAUCUGGAGGCCGGAGUCCGUCUUGUGCGCGAGGAGGUCCAGUCGAGCUACAAAGCUGUUUCCGACCAGGCCGGCGUUGUGGGACACUACUUCGAAACGGCCAAGGCUCACACCCGAUCAACCAUUGACCUCCUCAACGAACCCCAGAAUUCCCUUCAUCGAAGCGGAGCCAUCGUGGUGGGAGGUCUAGCCGGAUUUAUCUUCGCCGCCCGCGGAGGCUUCAUCAAGAAGGUGGUUUACACCGGCAUUGGAGCAGGAGCAGUGGCCUCCUUGUGCUAUCCUCGCCAGGCAGAGGAGAAUUGCCGCGUGGUGUUGUACGAAGGCCGCAAGAUCUUCGCUGUGGCCUAUAACUUCAUCAAGGGCGUGAAGCCGGGCGAGGAGGUGCCCAUCGAACCCAUCCAGAAGUUCCCCACCUCGCUGGAGGAUCUUAAGUUUUUGGCCGGUGACCUGUACGAGGAGGCAAAGGAGCUGAUCUUUCCCAAGAAGAAGUAAACCUAAUCUAACCCAUUCGGCCGUGAAGUGUGCAUCUAUUUAAGUUGUUUGGAGCUUGGAUUCUUUCCUAUUAUGUGAUCGAGCUGGAAGUAGUUAUCUCUUUUCUUGUUGCCAGAAAUAAAUUGGCCUCGCGUCCAAAAGUGAAAA